CUUCAGCUCUGUCUAACUACAAAGCUUCUCCCUAAUGGGCAAGAUCUCACACAUGAUAGGGCCAUAAAACACUGAGCUCGCUGGCCCUGCUGCUUGUCUGAUAAGGGAGAUCGACUGACUCUCCAGCACAAGAGAGGGCACUGGCAUGAAUGCAAGAGUCAAAAUACCCAUGAGCAUGGUCAUGGCUGUCAAGAGCAUUCCAGCAAAGAAAACCCACUUAGCUUUGCCCAACCCAGUG